AUGGCGGUGCAAGUGUGUUUUCGCCGGUUUCGCUCAUUCCAACUGCUUUUCAUAAAUACAGCCUACACACGCUUAAAAAAUCCUUUUUUGAAUGUGAGAACACCUUUUCCAACUUUAACACCACGAGUUCUGCGUCCAUUUACUUUAACACGAACGCUAUGUUCCGACGGUCGCCAAAAUGACGAAGACCCCAAUGUAAAAACUGCGAAUUUGGUCAUAACACAAGGGCCCAUUGGGUGGCUUUUAAAGACAGUGAAUCUAUGGCUCCUUCAGAAGUUUAUUGAUCACGAAUUUGAGGAACGCGAGUUUCUACGAGGGGCUAAGCAAGCCUUGUGUGUUAUCUCCGAGCUAAUAAAUAGGCGAAGCUGGGAGGAAAUGGAGGGAAUAAUGUCUGAAAAACUUGCAAGUGAUAUUCAACACAACACUGACUUGAUUGAAAAGCUGGGACCAGUGGUCACGUGGCAGCAAAUUAUAUCUGCAAACAUCCAGAAAGUGCAAGUUGGUUUUGUGGAGAACGGGAAAGGCAAAUUAGUUGACAUUCAAGUGGCGUUCAUGUGUGCAAAUCAAAACAAAGACGAGUUCUUUGAGAAACAGCUUGGAAAUGUUAAAAUAAUCGGCAUUCCUACUCCGAAGAUUGUGUAUUACACAUUCAGAAAAUUAAUCUUCCCCGAUUCAGUUAGUGACUGGCAUGUAGAUGCCAUUUCAAGGCAGUAA